AGUCGUCAGUCCUCCGGCGUGGAAUUCGAUCUUGGUCGUGGGAGCAGCUCUCCUCUUUGAAAUUUCACCACCUUCGGUUGAGAUGUGUUUGCAAACUAUUUAGCGCUGGCGAGUCCGUAAAAUGUAACAAUACCCCGAAGGCGGUCCUUAGAAAAUCAGCCACAUAAUGUCGCACCUGCUGGUGAGGCGACGGAUUCUGCUGAUGGUCCUGCUUUUUGCAGCUCCACUGCGAAACGCACCUUUCGGCGGAGCACAGGUGGCAAUAGCAACAGCAACAACCACUGGCCGUGACCGCCAAAUUCCGCCGGAGUGGCAGCGGGACUGGGAGUUGGAUCCGGACUGGGACUCCAAGGGGAGCGGACUCAGGGACUCGAUGCCGCCGCCGCCGACGUCACGCGCUUUCGACGACCUUUAUCGUGUUGACAGCGGAAAUCCCCUGCCGAAAUCGAGUGACUCGGAAAUGGACAACCCACUCGGAGAUAACUAUUUGCCCCCGUAUCCGGAGUUGUUUGGUCGCCAGUGGCACCUGCAGCACCACAAGCAGCUGCAGGUGCAGCACAAGUGGCAAUCUCCGCCAGGUGCGGAGGUCAAGGGCAAGAGGUCGCCCCUGAAGUGGCCCCCCGACGACGAGGACCAGAUGCCACCAUUCGCCUACGCCUACUCCUUGCCCUGGAAACGAAAGCAGCUGCCCCAGCCCCCCCGCUAUAGGCCCUCGAUCAGUGCUGGAGCCAUGACCAAUCUGGGGGGCUUCUUCAACCAGCUGGAGGCGAACCUGCGCUUCGCGGAGCAGUCGCAACUGGGCGAGACGGAAACGCGAAUGCUGGAGGGGAAGCACCCGCACCCCCUGCACUUGCCACCCAUGCCACCCGAGGCUUCGGAUGAGCCCGCCCAGCAGGAGGAGCAGGACCGGAAGACGUCGAAGCUCCUGCACGCCCUGCGCAGCUACAGGCCCUCCCAGAAGAUCCGAUCGCUGGUGUCCCGCAAUCCGCAGGGAUAUCGCGGCUCCCAGUUCAUUGACCCCAGCUACAUGUGGGUGGGCCUGGGCAAAUGACAAUGAGUUGAACGGCCGACUAUUCAACCAUAGGUACCUAAGCAGCUGCAACGAA